AAAGGCAAACCCCCUGGCAGAGAGACGGUGAACAACUAUAGGCUUCAGAAAUUAACAUCUAUUCCGUCCUUUGUACUAUUUCUAUCAACGUAUUUAACGGAUUAGAAAAGUUUGAAGCUUUUCAUUUAGCAUCCCAGCUUGAUGAUUACUGUACAAGAAUUGGAGUGAACACGGAUAUGCACGCUCAGAGAACCCAGAAAAACGGAUUAAGUUGCAAAAUGGUUCUUCAAACUGUAGGGAAAGUUUUGAGGAAGUCGAAGACGAAGCCAAAUGGGAAGAAGCCGCCGACGGAGGAGAAGAAGCACUACCUUGAGCCGGAGUACACGAAGGUGCGGGUGGUGGACUUCGACCUGAAGGAGUUGGUGGAGCUCCCGAGGGAGAUUGACCUUAACGAAUGGCUCGCCAGCAACAGUACCACUUUUUCCCAUGCAAUUUCUCUUCAACAUUGGACAAUGCCGCCUUUCUCGACAGGAGAUAAAACGCCUGCAGUUGCAGAUGCAUCUGGAAUAUUCUUCUGGCAUGAUGAAAAGGGUAAGAAGAUUAAAUGCACAGCUCCCCAGUACGUUGACUUCGUCAUGAGUUUGGUUCAGAAACUGGUGACCGAUGAAGACAUAUUCCCUACAAAAUAUGGUAAGGAGUUCCCCAACUCGUUUGAGUCACUAGUGAAGAAGAUCUGCCGGUUCCUGUUCCACGUGCUGGCACACAUCUACUGGGCGCACUUUAAGGAGACGGUGCUGCUGGACCUGCAGGGCCAUCUGAACACUCUCUACGCACAUUUCAUCGUCUUCGUCCGGGAGUUUAACCUGGUCGACCCCAAGGAGACCUGCAUCAUGGAUGACCUGUCGGAGGUCGUGUGUACCCCACCGCCCCCAUCUGCACAGAACCAUGUCACGGAGAGAUGAGCGCUCCCCGGGGUGGGACCUUUACCCCAGCUAGGAACAGGACAAGAGCCUCAAACAACCCAACUCACCCCACCCCACACACACACACACACACACACACAUAUAUAUACACACACAUACGCACCCCAACCCCAUCUCACUCUAGCCCAAAGGCCUGGAUGCCUUUAAGGGGCUCAGAGACCUCGCACACAUACACACACGCACGCACGCACGCAUUCCCGCACUCCCUGGUCAUUCUUGCAUUGGAGUGGUCCGAGGAUUCGGUGUGGGAUGUGGGGUGGGAA